AUGUCUGACACUACGCCGAGCUCGGAGUCCGCAACCCCGACACACUCGAAAGCCCUUUCGCUCAUCUUUGUUUUUUUAUUUGUCGCAUGUGGCCUGACCCAGAUUUACAACAUCUACCGCUGGAAGGGGAAAUGGAUGCUCGCGAUGACUAUCGGCUGCUUUAUGGGGACGAUCUCAUCCAACUUGUCCGCCUACUUCAUAUUCACCACGCUCUCGCCCUACGCAUUCAUUGCUGCAGAAUAUGUCAUUCUCGGCCGUCUAGCGCGCCAUCUUCAGGCCCCACAACAUGUCGCCAUCGGGGCCGGGAAAGUCGCUGCCAUAUUCGUCACGUCGGAUUUCAUAACCUUCGCCAUGCAGGGCGCGGGCACGGGUAUCGUGAUUGCGCAAGUCAAUUGCCUCCACCAAGUCGGCCGAUGGCUCCUGUUGGGCGGUCUCGCGCUCCAGCUCAUAUCGUUUUUGUUCUUUAGUUGGAUCGUGGUGAUGUUUAUCCGCCGCCUCAGACUGAUCGCCCCAGACAAGGUCACCCGGGACCGACGCUUGACAUGGCGCCAUGACGGUGUUUCCCUCAUCUGGGGACUCGCCCUCUCGUGUUUCGAUAUUAUUGUCCGCUCGGUUUACCGUGUCGUCCAGUUCGCCAUCGAAGGUGACAACCAGUCACUCGGAAUCCUUGGCGGCCUCAGCUUGGAUGCGUUCUUCUACCUGCUCGACGCGCUGCCUAUGCUGGUCGUUGUCUCGACGAGCACCGUUCUCUAG